AUGUCGCAGGAGCAGGAAAAACUCCAAGAGCGAAAGGCAGAAGUCGCGGAGCGCGGCGGCUUGGAAGCCCUGGAGAAGGACAUGGCGCCGCUGGGAAGAGCCGCGGACAAGCCCGUCACCAUGGGUGACGUCAUGCCCCAGGCCACCCUGAGGGACGAAGACGUGGGUCGGCCUGUGACUAAGGAAGACGCGGCUAAGCAGCAGAGCGCGGAGGAGAAAAUGAACGUUGAGAUACACUCUGGAGGGCCUGCGGCCACUCUGCAGUCUGCAGCGGAUAGCAACGUGCAGGCAGGGUUCGUGGGAGCGGGGCAGGGCAAGGAGGACUUGAUGGGGACCAAGUGA